GCUGAAAGGUGAAAUGAAGUGUUAGCGUUAGCAGUGAAAGAAGCUGUGAGGGGACAGUAAACAGAUAUUUUGUCGAAAUAAAUUUCCCAUUUCGUCAAAAAUGUCGAGUAUUUCCAAUGUGGAAAAUCUUUCACCACAGACAAUACGACUGGUGUCAAAAGAAUUGGGUGAACUAACAAAAUCACCCCCCGAAGGAAUCAAAGUAUUUUUAAAUGAAGAAGAUAUUACUGAUAUUCAAGCAUCUAUAGUUGGGCCUGCUGGCACGCCAUAUGCUGGUGGAUUAUUUCGAAUGAAGUUGGUACUUGGCAAAAACUUUCCUUCAGAACCUCCAAAAGCAUAUUUUCUCACAAAAAUAUUUCACCCAAAUGUUGCAAGUAAUGGUGAAAUAUGUGUAAAUACAUUGAAAAAAGAUUGGAAAGCUGAACUGGGAAUAAAACAUAUACUCCUUACGAUAAAAUGUUUAUUAAUCGUACCAAAUCCUGAAUCUGCAUUAAAUGAAGAGGCAGGAAAAUUAUUAUUAGAACAAUAUGAUGAUUAUUCUUCAAGAGCUAAAAUGUUUACAGAAAUUCAUGCACAGCAACCUAUCAAGAUUGGAAAAGAAAUCGAUUUACCUCAAGAAAGUGUCAGUGAAGGGCCGAUGGCUAAAAAACAUGCAGGUGAUAAAAAAUUAAUGGACAAGAAAAAACGUGAGAAAAAGAAAGUGCUCAAACGAUUAUAAGAAUCAUAUAGACGAUAAUCAUUUCAUCUCAUGUGUAAUCAUGCUGCAUUGUCCUGUGGAAGAUACGUUCUUUAACUACAGUAUUUAUUUCUUUCAUAGUUCUUAUCCAUGGUGAAAGAUGUUCAUGUGUAAUUAAAAGAGUAAAAGGGAUUGUAAAGAGAUUUCCUAAAUUUUUUAUGUGUAUUGGGAACAAUGAUAGUAUCAAUUUGCACCAUUCCAAUUCACAGUCAGACGUAUGCGGUUCCUGAAAUUCUUCUAAAACUAAGUGUUUGAUGACUUCACUAAUUGCAAAUGGCCCUAUGUGAUAAAGCAUAUUUCGCGAUUCACAACUUCUGAUUUGUAGAUUUGCAGGAACCACAGACAUUUGACUGAAAAAUGGAAUGAUGCAAAUUGGUGCUAUCAAUGACCCUGAUACACGUGAAGAAUUUAGAAAACAACCUUACUGUCUCUUUGAAUUCACCAUGUAAUCCAUAAUGUGCAACUAGUUGUAAUAUCCGUCUACAAAUUCUCAACAUAUAACCAAAUGCAAUUCCACCAUACAAUGAUAUGAGAUACAAAUUGGUCAAAUCAGAAUUCUGAGUUCUGUGAAAUUAAAGCUAAAAUCUCGGGACCUUUUAUAUAUUUAUUUAUUUUAUGUACAGAAAUACUGAAAGGCAUCUAUUUAUUUACAUGU